UCCCCCCUGGGAGGCUGCCUCUUGCUGGCCUUGCCACUGGCCACCCUCCAGUGUACCAUCCUGCAAGUUUCUGCUGGCACUUCUGCAAAAUUUUGUUAGUCUGGUGCCCCCCACUCAGAUUAGCUGACUCUCCAGGUUUGCCUGUCAUCAUCAUCAGUCUCCUCAUCACUAAUAAGGCAUGCAGGGAUGUCUUUCAAAAACCUGCAGUCCUCCUCAUUAAGCACUUGAUCUGCCACAGCCUUGCGUGCAUUCAGAAGCUGACAUAGAAAACAAAUGUUCAAGGAACAUUGCACUUGCGUCUUUGUGAUCGCUAGUGGCAAUUGUUAGGUUGAUGUGAUUACCUAUGUGGUGAAGACACAGAGCGUAUUUCACAACCGAGGGGCAGCAGUAACGUUGCUGCUUGAAGUGAACCCAGCCGCAGUGAUCCCAUCAUCCCCGAGCCUUGUGGAUUAACUUGCUGCCUUCAUCUAAAGGAAUGCUGUAUUGAUUACUGCUUUCUAACAAAGCUCAUGGAUUACAGUGAGGGUGUUGGAAAGGCUUUGAUCACAGCUAUGUCAACACUGCAUCAAGAUAUUUCAAGUCAAGAAGGAGUACAGUAGAAGACUGACAGGAGUUUGUGUUUUCAGCUUUUACUCUUUGCAUUUCAGAUUUUUUUUCUGGACAUCAAUUUACAAUUUAUUGCUUCUACUGAUCUCCUUGUGUAAUUUUAUGUUGUGAGCACACAGGCCCCUAACCACGUUUACUCUAGGGCUGUCUGUUUGUUCAUGAGUAUAUCUCCCUGGACACCAGCUGACUCUCUGGACUGUUGUGUCACCCUGUACCUUUUGAACUUUUGCACCUGAUACAUCAAUUUGAUCCAGACACUCUUUUAUUUCUACAGUAUAAACCCCAUAUUCUCUCAUCAUGUACGGUAGCUCACGUUCCGUCUCCAAGCUGGAUGUUGUCGGAUCCAAUGGUAACGGGUCAGUGUCCGGGAGUCCUGGCCGUUCCCCACGACUCCCUCGCUCCCCCCGCCUAGGACAUCGGAGAAACAGCAGCAGCAGCUCCACCGGUGGACUCACUGGCUCCGGUAAAACCUUGUCCAUGGAGAAUAUUCAGUCUCUUAAUGCUGCCUACGCCACAGGCGGUCCUAUGUAUUUCACUGAUACAGCUGAAGACCCAGUCGGCCUUGGGAGUCUUGGUAGUGGGCUGAAUCCCUCGCUGCCCAAAAGCACCAUGACGCUGGGCAGGGCCGGGGCCAGGGUUCCCUAUGGGGUGCGAGCUGCCAUCAUGGGAAGCACUCCCAAUAUAAACAGUGGAGGUGGCGGUGCAGUUAUGCCCAGUGAUGCAAUAGCGUUCGGUGGGGAGAUGCAAAGCCAGCCUGCACAGGCUGCCACUGUGCCCCACUCCAUGAGACAGGUGAGGGAGGGCGCCAUGUCAGACCUACAGACACAACUAAGAGAAGUGCUGAGAGAGAAUGAACUUCUACGCAGAGAGCUGGAAGCUAAAGAGUCCAAGCUGAGCUCCUCUAUGAACUCUAUCAAGACAUUUUGGAGUCCAGAGCUGAAGAAGGAGAGAGCGGUGAGGAAGGACGAAGCCACAAAGAUGGCCGUCUGGAAGGAGCAGUACAGAGUGGUGCAGGAGGAAACACAGCAUCUUCAGUGCACCAUCCAGGCUUUACAAGAUGAGCUCCGAAUCCAACGAGAUCUCAACCAGCUCUUCCAGUCCGAUUACUCAGAGUCUGGUCGCCUCGGAAACCAGGCCAUAUCUCCACAGGAAAUGACAGAGGAGAACUUCCUGCGUCUCCAUGGCGAAUAUGAGCGGCAAGUCAAAGAGCUCUUCCUCCUGAGAAAGACUGUGGAAGAAAUGGAGCUGAGGAUCGAUACACAGAAACACACACUAACUGCCAGGGAUGAAUCCAUAAAGAAGUUACUGGAAAUGCUUCAGAGUAAAGGCCUGUCGUCACGGGCAACCGAGGAAGACCAUGAACGAACAAGGCGACUGGCCGAUGCUGAGAUGACCAUCCACCAACUGGAGGGCCUACUGGAGCAAAAAGACAAGGAGAUGCUACAACUUAGAGAGGAGCUACACAGGAGAUACGAAGCAGCUCCAGAAUCAACCAAGACCAAGGCCCUUCAGACGGUCAUCGAAAUGAAGGAUGCGAAGAUCAGCUCGAUGGAGCGCGGCAUGAGAGAGCUGGAGGAGGAGGUGAACAUGCUGAAGUCCAACGGAGCUCUGAGCAGCGAGGAGAGAGAGGAAGAGAUCAAGCAGAUGGAGGUCUACAGAUCCCACUCCAAGUUCAUGAAGAACAAGGUUGAGCAGCUGAAGGAAGAGCUAAGUAACAGCCAAUCAGAGAAGGAGGAGCUAAAGGAACGGGCCAAUGAGCUUCAGCGGGAGGUGUCUGCAAUGGAACAGGUGAAGCAGGAUCUGAGUCGUAAGGACAGCGAGCUGUUGGCUUUCCGGACCAAACUGGAAACCCUGAACAAUCAGUUUUCUGACAGUAAACAACAUGUUGACGUACUCAAGGAGUCUCUCACUGCCAAGGAACAGAGAGCUGCUAUACUUCAGACUGAGGUGGAUGCGCUGCGUCUUCGCCUAGAAGAAAAGGAGUCUCUCCUCUCUAAAAAGAGUCAACAGAUAUCUGAGCUGACAGAAGAGAAGAGCACUCAGCACGGAGAGAUCACCGACCUCAAAGAUAUGCUGGACGUGAAGGAACGCAAAGUCAAUGUCCUGCAGAAGAAGAUAGAGAAUCUCCAGGAUCAGCUGAGGGAUAAAGAAAAACAGCUCAGUGGUCUGAAAGAUAGAGUCAAGUCUUUACAGACAGAUACCUCAAACACCGACACAGCACUGGGAACACUGGAGGAGGCUCUGGCGGAGAAGGAGCGCAUCAUCGAGCGGUUGAAGGAUCAGCGGGAGAGGGAGGAAAGAGAAAAGGGGGAGGAGAUGGAGACCAGCAAGAAGGAGCUGAAGGAGUUGAGGGAGAAAGUCUCCCAGCUGCAGACUGACCUCGCUGACCGUGAGACAUCUGUGUUGGAUCUGAAAGAGAAGGCUUCCUCUCUGGCCUCCUCGGCUCUGAAGAAGGACAACAGGCUGAAGAGUCUGGAGAUCAGCCUGGAGCAAAAGAGAGAGGAGUGUGUCAAACUGGAUAACCAGCUAAAGAAGGCUCAGAGUGCAGCAACGGAGUCCUUGGCCAACGCUGAACUCUCCGAACGCAUCUCCUGCCUGGAGCAGGAAGUGGCCCAGCACAAAGAGGAUGCUGGGAAGGCCCAAUCCGAGGUGGAACGACUUCUGGAGAUCCUGAGGGAGAUGGAGAAUGAGAAGAACGACAAGGAGAAAAAGAUCCACGAACUGGAGAGGCAGAUGAAGGAUCAGUCAAAGAAGGUGGCCAACAUGAAACACAAGGAGCAACUGGAGAAGAGCAAGAACGCCCAAAUGAUGGAGGAGGCCAAGAAGAGAGAGGACAAUCUGAACGAAAGCUCCCAGCAGAUAAAGGACUCCCUCCGUCAGAAGGAGGAGCGCAUUGAGGAGCUGGAGGAGGCACUGAGGGAAAGUGUUCAGAUCACAGCAGAGAGGGAGGUGGUGCUCGCCCAGGAGGAGCAGUCACGCAAACACUCUGAGAAACAGGUGGAGGACCUGCUGGUUGCCAUGGAGAAGGUGAAACAGGAAUUGGAGGUGAUGAAAGCCAAGCUGUCAUCAACUCAACUCUCACUGGCCGAGAAGGAAGGUCACCUGACUUCCCUGCGAGCCGAGAGGCGGAAACACCUGGAGGAGGUCCUGGAGAUGAAACAAGAGGCGCUGCUGGCAGCUAUAAGCGAGAAAGAUGCCAACAUCGCCCUGCUGGAGCUCUCCUCGUCCAAGAAGAAGAAAACCCAGGAAGAAGUGGCAGCUCUGAAGAGGGAGAAGGAUAGUCUGGUUCAACAGCUCAAACAGCAGACUCAAAACAGGAUGAAGCUGAUGGCGGACAACUACGAGGACGACCACCUGAAAGUCUCAUCUCCCAACUCGGAGCAACCCAACAAUCACAAGCCCUCCCCAGACCAGAUUCUCUCUCCUCUCCUGGAUCUCAAUCAGAAUCGCAGUAAACUGAAGCUGUACAUCAGUCACCUGACUUCACUGUGUCAGGAGCGAGACCCUAUAAUAUUGCAGGACUUCGCCCCGCCCCCCGCCUAUCACCGUUCUGACUCCGCCUCCUGGCAGACGCAGCUGCGCAGCAUGACGCAGGAACAGUUGGAGGCGGAGUUAGCGCUGUGUGAGAGGGAGGGGGCGGAGCUACAGGAGUACGCCAAUCAGGUCCUGCAGCAGAUCGCCGACCGAUGCCCCGACAUUUUGGAACAGGUCGUCAACGCCCUGGAGGACAGCUGCUGACGCUCGCACACACACACACAAGCAAACACACCCACAUAAAUAAGCUUACGUAUAUAUGAUUCACAAGCACACAAAGUCAGAAAAAAAAAAAGCAUGCAGACUCGCAAAACAUUUAACACGCAGCAUCAUCAGAAGCCUCCAGUCCGCUGCCGAAAUCUCCUGAUACGCAAAUAAGAUCACAGCGUCAGAUAUGAAGAUGAAGAAGAUUUCUUUUUUCCCUUCUGUUACCUGCUCUUCUCUCAUUUUCAAAUAAGCAAAAGGAGAAUUUCCCUUCGAGGAUCGACAAAAAAAAUCGAGUUGUUAUUAAAAAAAAACAUUCUUUCACAGUGUCUUUAGUCGCCAUAAUUUGAAUGAACGGCACCAGCUGACGGCACUGCUGUUCAGUUUUGAGUUCAAAGUGCUUUGUUGGCAUGCAAGUUCAUUGGAAAUAGUUGAUGUUUUUGAGACUUUUAAUACUUAUUUUCCUAACUAUUCCAAAACAGAAGAAGCCUUCACUGCACUCACCAUCUGUGACACUUCAGAGCGGCCAUCUUGUGUCCUUCUAGGCAAUCAGCAGUUGGACUUGUAACUUGAUGUAUUUUAUUGGGGGAAAAAAUAUUUUCGAACUGUAUAAAAGUGAGUUGCCAGGUUGUUUCUGAUGCCAGAUUUACACGCUGUUGCCACAUUAUUGGAUUGGUUCAGAUACAAUGUGUGUUUAUUUCAGCUGCCUUUGGUUCUUUACAUCAUUUGCUGCUAUCUUUUUAACUCUUACUUUCUUUUUUUUCCCCCCCAUUUCUUGUGUUUCUUUUAUUUCAGGCAUCUGAGGUAUGAAACGUCCCAAACUUGCAGAUUCUAUCAGCAGUAAUCUCCAGAUAGUUGUGUAAAUUGUAAAGAGAGAAGUCUAAUAAACAGAAACACUUUUUUUUUUUUUUUUGUCUUGGGAAUGUGACACUUUCAUCUAAUGUUUUCCCAUUGCUGUUGAAAUGCACAGACGGUAAAUCUCGCAAUACUCCCUUUAUUAAAAUAUACCAGUGUAGAUGUCUUGUGUUUCUUUUUAACCUGAGAAAAAAACGUUCAGUUACGGUGUCCAUGCUGAAAUUACAAAAUCCCUUUUGUGACAAUCCCUUUAAAAUUAACAAAGGACAAAUCUGAACUUGCUCAUUUCCCCUCAUUGAAACAUCUGUUGUUUUUGUUUUCUUUCUUUUUUGGGAGGGAGGGGAUAUUAAAAAAAAAUUAUAUAUUUUUUUGCUUUUGGUAAUAUAUAUAUAUAUAAAACACUAGUCUGGUUUAAUUGAAAAUAUUGUCAUCCAUUGUUUAGUAUAUUACAUAAUGUGUCCAAAUCUUUUUUUUUUGUGAUGCAAGUAACCACAGAUUUGUUCCACAAGCGGGAGACUGUUAUUGGGAACGUAUAUAUUGCACCUACAUGAGGCUCUGUGUCCACCAGGAGCAUUUUCCUCCAAAUCAGUUUCUUGUUCUUGUUGUUUACAGUGGAAAUGACACUCUGAUGCAUGUUUCCCACAGCACUGACAGCCUUAGCAUGAUUUAAAACGCUUAGAGCACGGAGUGCUUAGAGGUUCAAAUUGUUUCAACUUAAAGCAAAAGCUACUCUAACAAGUUUUUAUAGUCACAGUAAGUGCUGAAACCAUGAGUGAAGCUGCCCACGUGCAACUGUUUAGCUCUGCUUCCUAAAAAAGAAAUAAGUGGACACAGAGCCUGAAGACAGGGAUUUACGCUGAACACUCAAAUCUGAUUUUACACCCAGAUCUGACCUUUAAGAGGGAAAAAAAAGAGUUUUCCAGCCUCUAAGCACUGUCUUAUAACAGCUCCGAGCCCCAUGGGUGUAAAGGAGGAGUUUCAUUCCACAACAUCAAUUUUAGGAGAAGGAAUCGUCACCUGACGUUCAGUGCAGGCUGUUUGAAUGUUACCAAGGUUUCAGGGUUUGUGUAACAUUGUAUAAAUAGUAGGAAUCUCACUUUGGAAUGAAACUCCGUCAGAUAUGAGCAAGUGUAAAUCCAGUAUCUUGUUGUCUGUUUUAUAAUGUUUUGUCAUUGAACGGUGAUGACAGGGACUCACCUUGACUUUGCUGUGGAUUGAAAAUCGGAAUGAAAGAAUGGAAUAAAAUAAAAUAUGGAUUUAUCUUUA